CUAUCGUGAUGUAAUAAUGUGUAACAAUUUAUUUUAAUUAAAUAUGAUUUCAUUGCCUAUUUAUCUUUUAAUCAGUGUUAACUAUUUACUUCAUUGUUGAAAAUAUUUUGUUCGUAUAUAAGUUGCGGAAAAAUCCAUUGGAAUGGAUCACAUUCAUUUAAAUAACCAAAAUGUUCACACGUUUGGUUUCUUUACUUGUUGUAUACAUUAUAUCGACUCGAGACCUAUCGCAUUGUUGUCAAGUGAAGCAGUUUGCUGGCAAGGAUUCAUUUGUUUGUGUUUGCAAUGAAGCGUAUUGUGAUUCAAUUGUAACUGAACCCAAUUCUUUACCCGAUCAUUUAACUAUCUUUCAAAGUGAUGCUGCCUCACAUCGUUUCUCGAAGAGCAUAAUAAGUUUCAAUGAGUUACUCUUAGACUCAGAUGCGCUUGUCGAUGUACACAUUAAAGUCAACGGGACUGAUCGUAAACAGCAAAUCUUUGGCUUUGGUGGAUCUUUCACUGACUCAGCUGGUAUUAAUAUAAAAAAGCUUCCAGCCAAAUUGGUAGACCAGUUGAUUGAAAAUUAUUUUAGUGAAACAAAAGGACUUGGUUACACUUAUGGACGAGUACCCAUUGCUGCAUCUGAUUUUUCCCAAAGAUACUACACCUAUGCUGAAGUUGCAGACGAUUUCGAGUUGAAACAUUUCAAAUUAGCUCAUGAAGAUACACUUUACAAGAUCCCAUUGAUUAAAAAGGCACUCAGUGUAUCCAAAGAUCUUAGACUUAUCUCUGCACCAUGGGCACCACCAUCAUGGCUGAAAACAAGUCACAGACCAAAAGGACUUGGCAUUUUACAAGAUGAUCCUGGAAGUAAAUACUGGAAAACAUAUGCUAACUAUAUCGUAAAAUUCUUGGAGACUUACGUACAACAUGGGAUCCAUUUUUGGGGAGUGAGUCCUCAGAAUGAGCCUUCAACAGGAUUGAUGCCGAAUUGGCCCUUGAAUACAUGUGGAUUUUCUGGUCACAUGAUGAGAGAUUACAUUAAAAAAGAUUUGGGUCCAGCUCUGAAGAAAGCAGGUUUUGGUAAAGAUAAAGUGAAACUAAUGAUUUGGGAUGACCAAUUAUUAGACAUUAUGCCGUUCAUACGUGUAAUCCUCGAAGAUAAAGAAGCUGCUGAGUAUGUUUCAGGUGUAGCCUAUCAUUGGUAUUCUCGGCGUUUCUAUGAGUUAUUGGAUGAAAUCAAGAUGACCUACCCACAAGUCUUUCUACUUUCAACUGAAGGUAGUGAAGGAGUUUAUGCAGCUGAACGAGUAUCAUUGGGAAAUUGGACUCGAGCUGAAAGAUAUGCCACAGAUAUAAUUGAAGGUCUUAACCAUUGGUCAACUGGUUGGGUUGAUUGGAAUCUCGCUCUAGAUGAAAGUGGUGGACCAAAUUGGGUUAAUAAUUUCAUCGAUUCAAUGGUUAUUGUCAACAAUACUUCACCUGAAUACUACAAACAACCAAUGUAUUAUGUUUUUGGGCAUUUCAGCAGAUUCCUGAGGCCUGGUUCAACACGUUUGGGCCAUUCUAUCAUUAAGAAUAAUGCAGAAAAUGAAGUUAAGUUAACAGUUUUCCAGACUCCAACAAAUGAUACUGUUUUAACCGUUCUGAACAAGAAAAGUGCUCCAAUCAAAUUAACGGUUGAAGGUAUGAAUGUCAAACCAUUCACACUGACAUUCAGCCCUAAAUCAAUAACAACAAUUGUUAAUGCUUCUCAUUAAUUGCAUUUGGCUUGUAAUUUAAACUUAAUUUUGCCAAAAUUUUUCCUUCCUAAUAAAAAUUUAUAAUAUAACGAUAA